AUGAUAUUUAAGAAACGCACACUAGUGAUCCAGGGUAAGAUCCUUCUUCAGGACGUUUGGAGAGCAAGGCUGGACUGGGACGAUCGCAUACCCGAGGACCUGUUCGUACGUUGGAAGCAGUGGCUGCAAGUUCUAAAAGAACUCGAUAAUGUUCGGAUUACCCGGUGCUACUUCCCGGGGUAUGAUCCUGCCUGUUACGACGAUUUGGAGCUCCACAUAUUUGUGGACGGCAGUGAACAAGCUUACUCUGCAGCAGCGUACUUCCGUGUUCGAGAUCAAGGACAAAUACGAUGCGCGCUGGUUUCCUCCAAGACGAAGGUAGCUCCACUACAGUUGACGUCAGUUCCUCGGUUGGAGUUGCAAGCAGCGGUGAUCGGAGCUCGCUUGCGCAAAACGAUCGAGGAUGGUCAUUCGGUACGGGUCAAAAGUACGUACUUCUGGAGCGACUCCAGCACCGUAAUCUCGUGGAUCACGUCGGAUACUCGACGAUAUCGACAAUACGUAGCAUUCAGAGUCAACGAAAUUCUAUCUCUGUCAAAAACCGAUGAAUGGCGAUGGCUGGGAUCAAAGAUAAACGUUGCCGAUGAAGCUACGAAGUGGGGUAAAGGUCCGAACUGCAAACCUGACAGCAGAUGGAUGUGUGGACCCGCCUUUAUAUACCAGGAGGAGAAUGAUUGGCCGACGAACAAAGUCACGACGGCGAGUAGAGCCGAAGAAGAGCUGCGUGCGGCAUAUGUCUGCAGUCACUUCAUAUCAGUGCCGUUAGUAGACGUGUCACGAUUCUCGAAAUAUGAGCGGUUGUUGCGGAGCAUGGCGUAUGUGUACCGGUUCGUUGGAAAGCUGUUGCAACGUAUCGAAAAACAGCCGAAGAAUGGUGAGGUUAAUGUCACCAGUGAAGAGUUGCUAAGAGCAGAACGAAGCCUGUGGCGACUAGCACAAUCAGAGAGCUAUCCGGACGAAAUAGCCACACUGAAUCAAAAUGCACGUGUGGGACCAGAAAAGCAGAAGGCACUAGAGAGAAGCAGUUCGAUAGCUACUCUGUCUCCAUUACUCGAUGAAUACGGAAUUCUUCGGAUGGACAGCCGCAUCUCGACUGCAGACUACUUGACAUACGACACAAGAUACCCUAUAAUUCUGCCGCGCAAGCAUCCGGUAACCAAUUUAUUGCUAGAUUGGUACCACCGCAAAUUUCGUCACGGCAAUAACGAAACCAUUGUCAACGAAGUUCGGCAGAGAUUCCGCAUUCCUCAGCUCAGAACUCAAGUACGAGCUGCAGAAUAUCGGUGCCAAUGGUGCCGUGUGUAUAAAACCAAACCAGAAUCGCCAAAAAUGGGUCCACAUUUAUUAUGCCGUUUAACGCCGUUCCUACGACCGUUCACGUUUGUAGGAAUCGACUAUUUUGGCCCCUACUUCGUAACGGUCGGACGAGCCUCAGUCAAGCGCUGGGUUGCGGUCUUUACUUGCCUGACAGUUCGCGCAAUACAUCUGGAGCUAGUCUACAGUUUGACAACGGAUUCGUGCAAGAAGGCUAUACGGCGGUUUAUCGCUCGCAGAGGAGCGCCGCAAGAAAUAUAUACGGACAACGGAACGAAUUUUGUUGGCGCAAGCAGAGAGCUAGAAAGCCAGAUACGGGAAAUCAGCAUCACGAUGAGUAGCACCUUCACUGAUGCGAACACCAAAUGGCGGUUCAAUCCCCCUGCUGCUCCCCACAUGGGAGGAUGUUGGGAACGUAUGGUACGAUCAGUGAAAACAGCGCUAGGAGAAAUGCCUACGUUACGGAAAUUGGACGACGAGUCAUUCAUGACAUUGUUGAGUGAAGCAGAACAUAUGGUCAACUCACGGCCAUUAACAUAUCUACCGCUGGAUAAUAGAGAAAAAGAGUCGCUGACACCGAAUCAUUUUCUGCUACUCAACUCUAGCGGAUUCCGACAACUGGUGAAAGAUCCGGUGGAUGCCAAGAAAGCCGUGGGAGAGAGCUGGAACAUGAUUCAACAUAUGCUGGACCAGUUCUGGCGUCGAUGGAUAAUGGAAUAUUUGCCAGUAAUCUCGCGGAGGACUAAAUGGUUCCAAGACGCCCCAACAGUCAAAGAGAAUGCACUGGUUUUGAUAGUAGACGAAAGAGUUCGCAAUCAGUGGAUCCGAGGUCGUGUAAUCCGCACAUAUCCAGGGAAAGAUGGAGUGGUACGGCGAGCAGACGUGGAGACAUCUGGCGGAAUCAUGCAGAGGCCCGUCUGUAAACUCGCAGUUCUCAUUGUUCAUGGAGAAGAUGGUGUUGAGGCAGGAGGCCAUGAAGGCGAUGCAGUCGAAGAAGAGAUUGGCAGAGAUGGUGACCUCGAAUCAUGCUCCGAGCUUCACGAGGGGGAGGAUGUUGCGGUGAAACAUUCCGCUCAAAGACCCCUUGUACAGCCAUAA